AUGGACCAGUUUAUGCCAAAGUCUAUGUCUGUAGCAAAACAAGGUCAAAUUGAUAUUGCAUUGGCUAAAAUGAUUGCCACCGAUUUCCAGCCAUUUUCGAUCGUGGAGGACAGAGGUUUUAGAAAUUAUAGCAAUAGUCUAAAUCCAUUGUACACAAUUCCAAGCAGGAAAACCCUUUCAAAAUCACGUAUUCCACAACUGUACGAGAGCACACAGGCUUCAGUGCGGGAAAGAGACCAAAAAGCUACUGCAGUUUGCCUUACCACUGACUGCUGGACAUCAAGGGUAACCACUUCUUACAUGUCGGUUACAUGUCACUUCAUUGAAGAUUUUUCGAUGUCUAGCUGUCUUCUGGACUGCUUUGAGUUCAGCGACAGACACACCUCAGAGAACUUGGCAGUGGAACUGUUGAGAGUGGCCAAGGAAUGGCAAGUAGAUGGAAAAGUGGUCUGUUGUGUUAGCGACAAUGCAGCUAACAUAACCAAAGUCAUGAACAUUUUAAAAUGGACCCAUCAUCCAUGUCUUGCCCACACAAUCAACCUGAUUGUAAGAGAUGCUCUGAAGGUGAUGAAGCCCACUGUGGACAAAGUGAAAGCAGCUGUGGAACAUUUCCACAGGAGCACAGUAGGUGCCGAUAAACGAAAGUCUACACAAUGCCAGAUGGGGAUGCCUGAGCAGAGGCCUAAACAAGACUGCACUACAAGGUGGAAUUCAACAUUUUAUAUGUUGAAGCGGUUUCUUGAGUCAAAGGAUGCCAUCAUCUCUACCCUGGCCAUUGUCAAUGCACCUGUUGAUGCUCUGACCCAAGAGGAAUGGGAGGUGGUGGAGGAGGUGUGCAGAGUCCUGGAACCCUUUGAGAAGGUCACUGUGGAGAUCAGUGGAGAGAGCUAUGUGACAGCCUCAAAAAUGAUACUCCUGUGUAAGGGUCUGCAGCGAAUCACAGCCAACCGCCAGAGAGAAAAAAAUGUAACCACAGGACAUGUGACAGAGUUGAUGGACACCCCUAUGUUCCUCAAUGGACAGAAAGUUCCACAGAAUGGAAUAUAAUCACGUGCUAUCAGAAACCGCUGUACUUGACCCC